GUAAUUUCUUUGAGCAAAAGAAGCGUAGCCAAACUGGUACAAAAAUGUAACAAAAUUUGCUAAAAGAACCAGACGAAAAUAUAAAAACACAAAAAUGUCAUCACUAGGAGCCAAGUUGCUUGUCAAUUGUUUAAGAAAACUGUCUUAUUCACAAGCCAGACAUAUUCACAGAACAUUACCAAAGUCUACUAAGAAAUGGAACAUUGGAAAGAUAAAUCAUGUAGCUAUGGCAACACCAGACAUAGAGAAAGCUACCAGUCUUUUUAGAGAUGUCCUUGGUGCUAAAGUCAGUGAGAAGCAUCCGCAGCCAGACCAUGGAGUAUACACUGUAUUUGUUGAACUAGGAGACACGAAAAUUGAGUUACUUAAUCCAUUAGGAGAUAAAAGCCCAAUUCAGAACUUUUUGGACAAGAAUAAAAGUGGUGGUAUGCAUCACAUAUGUAUUGAGGUUGACAAUAUAGAAGAGGCCAUGAAGGAUUUGAAAGCAAAGAAAAUCAGAUUGUUAAGUGAUGAAGCUAAAAUAGGAGCACAUGGCAAGCCCGUAGUAUUUCUGCACCCAAAAGACUGUAAUGGUGUCCUAGUUGAAUUAGAGCAACAGUGAAGAAGGCUUUAAAUAAUUAUAUAGAUGACUGCUGGCAAUAAAACAUCAGCUUUAGAGUGUGUUUACUGAAAAACUAUUUGAGAUUGACUUAAAAUGUCACAAUAACUGUCAUUUAUAUAGUGCUAUUCCAUGUAUAAUGAUAAAUUGUCGUUUUAAGAUUAUAUUGGUCCUUUGCAUUGUUUGUUUUUUUGAAAUAUUAGGUGUUUUGAAACUUUUGUCCCUCCCCCUCUCUUUGAUGAUAAAUUUUUGUAUUAUUGAAAAUGAAAAAAAAAAUUGAUAUAAAAGGGCACUGACCUACUUCAAUACUAUUAGAUUAAAGAUAUGUGUGGGGUGUUUUGUUUGCUUGUUAUUAAUUCAUUUGAGGCUAUUCCACUACAUUCUAAACAUUUAUAGGCUUUUUUGAUAAAUUUUAAUUGAUUGUAUUACUAAAUGUAUAAAUGCUACAUAUCUUUCUUUUUAAUUGUUAAUUGAGUUCCAAGCGCAAACCAAAUUUAACAUAAAUACUUGCCAAUUACUUAUACUGAGUGUGUGAUAUUGUUGAAUGGGCAUCAUUGACAUUGAAGAUGACAGAAGUUCUUCAGAAUCACUAGUCUUCCUUCAAAAUUUGAUAAAAUGGCUAAGCCAUCAUAAAGAAUUACAAUAUGACAUUGUGUAUAUUGAUUGUAUAUUUAUGUAGCUUAAAAAGCACUGAGGUAUUUUCACUUAUAAACAAUCAUAAAUGAGUUA